GCAAAAAGAAUAUCAAAUGUCAGUAACUGUUAUUCAAAUGUCUGCUUUACUUUCCUCCACCAUUUUUGCUCCUUCCGAGUUCACUCGCUUCCUUCUUCCAACUCACUCGAGGCUGCAACUGAGUUCCUUGACUCGGUACCGAUCCGGUUUCAAUUUGAGAACUUGUCGUCCCUUAAAUCUCCGGUGCUGCUCAACAAUGUCCCUUCAGCACCAAUCUGGAAACCCUUCGUGCUCUCAGGACAGUCUAUUCUACAGCAAAGCAUUUUGGGUUACCAAAUCGAUAAUUGCUUGGAAUGUGGGUGCUGGAGAGGGUGAAUGUUACUUAUAUGCUAGUAGAAAGGCUGGAUUAUGUGUUGCUGAUGAUGGAAUUCAAGGCCAUGAUGUGAAAAUCAAACUUGAAUGGACAAAUUAUGGACUUCCACGGCAGGUAAUUGAAAAAUUUCCUCAUAUUCGAGAUUAUGCAGCAUUUGAAGUCCCUGCAACUCUGGACUUCCAAAAUUUAGUCAAGUGCCAAUUAGCUGUUGGCAUCUUCAAUUCUGAUGGAAAAUGUGCAAGUGCUACUGGAUUGCAGUUACCUGGUAUUCUCGAUGAGUUAUUCUCCUAUACUGGGCCCCUUGGUGCUGUUUUUGCUACAGAAGCUGUCUCUCUCUACCUUUGGGCACCAACUGCUCAAGCAGUGCAAGCUAUCAUUUAUAAGAGUCCAUCAGAAGCUGACCCAGUAGAAAUUGUUCAGCUCAAGGAGUUCGAUGGUGUUUGGAGUGCUAUAGGGCCAAGGCAUUGGGAAGGUUGCUACUAUGUUUAUGAAGUAUCUGUUUACCAUCCUAGUAGCUUGCGGAUUGAGAAAUGUGUGAGCAAUGAUCCAUAUGCCAGAGGUCUCUCUGCUGAUGGCAAGCGGACAUUAUUAGUUGAUGUUGAUUCUGAUGAUGUAAAACCUGAAGGAUGGGAUAAUCUACAAGAUGUGAAGCCAAAUCUUCUUUCCUUUUCUGAUGUCAGCGUCUAUGAGCUGCAUGUUAGAGAUUUCAGCGCCAAUGACCCUACUGUGCCUCAUGAAUUUCAGGGCAGUUAUCUCGCCUUUACGUUGCAGGACUCAGCUGGUGUCCAACAUUUGAAAAGAUUAUCAAGUGCUGGUAUCACUCAUGUCCAUCUGCUGCCAACCUUUCAAUUUGCUGGUGUCGAAGAUGAGAAACAUAAAUGGAAGAAUACAGAUAUCGAGAAACUCAACUCUUUUCCACCAGAUUCUGAGGAGCAGCAAGCUCUUAUCACAGCCAUCCAAGAUGAAGAUGGCUAUAAUUGGGGGUAUAAUCCUGUUCUCUGGGGAGUUCCAAAGGGAAGCUACGCUAGUAAUGCAAAUGGUCCUUGUCGUAUCAUUGAGUUUCGGAAAAUGGUGCAGGCACUUAAUCGUAUUGGUCUACGUGUUGUAUUGGAUGUUGUUUACAAUCAUUUACAUGCAAGUGGUCCCUUUAGUGACUUCUCUGUUCUGGAUAAGAUCGUUCCAGGUUACUUUCUAAGGAGAAAUGCUGAUGGUGGCAUCGAAAAUAGCACAUGCGUAAACAAUACUGCCAGUGAGCAUUUCAUGGCUGACCGCUUAAUUCUUGACGACCUCAAGUGCUGGGCAGUUCAUUAUAAGAUUGAUGGAUUUCGGUUUGACCUGAUGGGUCACAUAAUGAAGCGUACAAUGUUGAAGGCAAAGUCAUUGCUGAAUAGCUUGUCAACAGAAAAAAAUGGCGUGGAUGGAUCAAGUAUUUAUCUAUAUGGUGAAGGAUGGGAUUUCGGUGAAGUGGCAAACAACGGACGUGGGAUAAAUGCAUCGCAAUUCAACCUUUUUGGAGCUGGAAUAGGGAGCUUCAAUGAUCGCAUUCGGGAUGCUCUACUGGGUGGAUCACCUUUUGGUCAUCCUCUACAUCAAGGUUUUGUAACUGGCCUUUAUUUGGAGCCUAACGAUCAUGAGCUUGGUGAUAAAGCCAAUGUAGAACGUAUGCUUACUGUGUCGAAGGAUCACAUUCAGGUGGGCAUGGCUGCAAACUUAAGGGAUUUUGUGCUAACAAACUGUGAUGGUCAAGAGGUGAAAGGUUCCGAAGUGCUGAUGCAUGAUGGGACACCAGUCGGAUAUGCUUCUUCUCCCAAUGAAAUAAUUAACUACGUGUCUGCUCAUGACAAUGAGACACUGUUCGACAUCAUUAGUCUUAAGACUCCAAAGGACAUUUCUGUGGAGGAGAGGACCAGGAUGAACCACUUAGCGACCAGUGUAAUAGCCCUUUCUCAGGGAAUCCCGUUUUUCCAUGCUGGAGAUGAAAUGCUGCGCUCAAAAUCAAUAGACCGUGACUCUUACAACUCUGGUGAUUGGUUCAACAGGCUGGACUUUAGCUACAACUCUAACAACUGGGGUGUUGGUCUCCCUCCGAAGGAGAAGAAUGAAAGAAACUGGCCACUAAUCAAACCCAGACUAGCAGAUCCAUCCUACAAGCCUCAGAAGAGUCAUAUCCUUUCAGCUGUUGAAAACUUUUUGAAUCUAAUGCAAAUACGAUACUCCUCACCACUCUUCCGGCUAAGGACGGCCAAUGCUAUCCAGGAAAGAGUACGAUUUCAUAAUACUGGUCCUUCAUGGAUUCCUGGACUUAUAGUAAUGAGCAUUGAAGAUGGCCACCAGGGAGUUCCAGGGCUCUCUCAAUUGGAUCCAAUUUAUUCCUAUAUAGUUGUCAUCAUUAAUCCUUGCCCAACUGAUGUAUCGUUUGCCAAUCUUGCACUAAGAGCAAAAUCUCUUCAAUUGCACCCAGUACAGAUGAACUCAACCGAUGAUGUUGUUAAAAACUCAACAUAUGAUGCAUCCUUGGGUUGCUUUAACGUGCCUGCCCGGACAACUUCUGUGUUUGUUGAGCCAAGGUAAAAUUUUGUUUGCUCUUUCAUGAAAAGGGAAACCAGUAUCGGUGAGUUAUGCUCGUGCAUUAUCAUCACUUUCACAGUUCAGCAAUGUUUCUGCCUUCAGCCUUCUGCUUGUUGAAACUUGUACAUGAGCUGUAACUUGUUAUGUUCAGUUCUAGAAAUAUGGCCAUGGAGGAUCAAGAAAUAAUAUACCACAAUGGUUUGUUAGAAGAAAAUAUACCACAAAAAUGACCCCAUUUCUCUGCUUAUUUAACAAGGAAGUUACCAGUAAGGUGAUUUAUGUUUUAUUAUUAAGUUGAUAAUCAGAGAGAAUUUAUAUGUCAAAUAUUUGCGUAAUACUAGUAUCUUAAAUUCAACAUUUGUUUUU